AUGGUCGAGGCUUGGGCGCCCAUCGAGUUUGACGUGGUGGCGUAUCGCACGACGGGGACGAGCGUUGUGAAGGUAUCGGACGAGUGCAACACGCUGCUCGACGACCACAUCGUACUGACGCAGCAGUUCUCCUUCUCGCCACACAAGGGGCCCUUCGAGACGCGGAUCACUGAUUGGGAGACCAAGCUACGACUCGUGCAGGAGGUCCUGUCCGAGUGGCUCGCUUGCCAGCGCAACUGGAUGUACCUCCAGCCCAUCUUCGACUCGGAGGACAUCCAGCGGCAGCUGCCCGCGGAGGCGAAGCGCUUUAGCGCGGUGGACAAGCUGUGGCGCAAGACGAUCAAGGCGGUUACCGCCGCGCCGCACGUCCUCACCUUUUGCGACGACGACGCUCUCCUCACCGCGUGGUCGAGCGCCAAUGAGGAGCUCGAGCGGGUGCAAAAGAAUCUCGCCGACUAUCUCGAGACCAAGCGAGCGGCGUUUGCUCGCUUCUACUUCCUCUCCAACGAUGAGCUAAUCAGCAUUCUGUCCCAAACGAAGGAUCCAAACGCCGUGCAGCCGCAUCUGCGAAAGUGCUUUGAGGCAAUACACUCAAUCACGAUGACGGGCGAACAGUGCGAGAUGUCCGACAUGAUCUCGGCCGAGAAAGAGGUGAUGCCGUUCGACACGCCUCUGCAGCCAAAGGGCUCCGUAGAACUGUGGAUGGGAGAAAUUGAGACCACGAUGCGCCGCUCCGUUCGCAAGGAGACCGAGACAGGGAUUGCCGAUUACAAGGUUCAGGCCCGUGGCGACUUCAUGAAGUCGCACGCCUCCAUGGUUGCCAUCUCCGUGUCGCAGCUCGACUGGACGAGCUGCGUCGAGCUCGCCAUCUCGGACGGAGGCUGCGACGGUGUGCGGCAGUACCUCGAGACGAUGGUUGCCCAGCUGAAGGAGCUGUCCCUGCUCGUGCGGACAAAGCUCUCCAAGCUCCAGUCCAAGGUGAUGUCGGCGAUCAUUGUGAUGGAGCUCCACGCGCGCGAUGUCGUCGAGCGCCUCAUCGAGGCCGGCGUGUCCCGCACGGGCGAUUUCGAGUGGGUCUCGCAGCUGCGCUACUACUGGGAGGAGCGCGAGUCCCGGUUCGGGCCAAUCAAUAUGCUGGUACGGAUGGUCCAAUCCAAGCAGUGCGUCGUCUUCAACUGCUCGGACGGGCUCGACUACAAGGCAAUGGGCAAGUUCUUCAAGGGCCUCUCCACGGCGGGCGCCUGGGCGUGCUUCGACGAGUUCAACCGGAUCGACAUCGAGGUGCUGUCGGUGAUUGCGCAGCAGAUGCUCAACAUCCAGUCGGCAAUCAUCCAGGAGAAGGAGAUCUUCGAGUUUGAGGGCUCACAGAUCCGGCUCGACCCAACCACCGCGACCUUCAUCACGAUGAAUCCCGGCUAUGCCGGCCGCACCGAGCUGCCCGACAACCUGAAGGCGCUCUUCAGGCCGAUGGCGAUGAUGGCGCCGACGCUCUAG